CAUUCUUGAAUUUACUCCACAAUGAAAACCUCCGCCGUCGUCUUGUCUAUCGUGGCCGUGGUCGCGGCCAACAAAACUAAAAAAAUCAAGCCCGCCGUGCUCGAAUCGCUCCAACAAUCGUCCACCGUUGAUGUGCUUGUGGCGUAUGGUUACUUGCUCUUCUUGGAAAAUCCCCGGGGUAGUAGCCUGUACUCCCUCGCCAAAUGCAAGCCUGGUCUGCUUAAUGGUGAGGUUGACUGCUAUGGCUUGACUGAGGAAGAACUCUACAGCAUCGCGGCCUUGCCCGAGGUCGACGAUAUCCUUCCUGCUCGAGACUACUCCGCUUUUGACUCUCCCAAGAUCACCCCCAAGCCUACUACCACCGCGGCUACCCCUACGCAUAGCGCGUGUAACGAGCAACGCGACUCUUCGGAUGACCGUGACUAAGCGGUGGAGGUCAAGCCCCCGAGUUGCCGUUGUCACUAUUCGUGUUUUAACCUUUGAAUAUACGACAUACUAGUAC